GGAGAUAGAGAGAUGAAUGAUAAUGAAUAUAAUAUAGUAUCAGAGGUACAGUUGGAGAGACAUUUGUUGAAAGCACCGGUUGAGUCGAUCAACAAGUCGUUUAGACAGUCACAAAAGAUGUUGGAGAAGGAGAUGACCACUGUUGUCACUGCCAUCAAUGAUCUAAACAAGAAGAAGAACAACCUAUCAAAGGAUGAUGCAAAGACUACAAUCGAUAAACUAUUGACAAGGAUGCAGACAUUGAAGAGAAGAGUUGAGGAGACAAGAGAUGAUGAGGAUGCACAGAUAAAGAGAUUCAAGACUAGACUGGACCAUCUGAGAGGUGUUUGCAACAAUCAUUCUGAUCAAUAUAUCAAUCAAGAGUUCAAUGUUAAGCGUGUCGAUAGGAUACUGGUGGACUAUCUCUUGCGCGAAGGUUACUAUGACACUGCCAUCAAGUUGGCAGACACUUCAAAUAUAACAGAAUUGGUUGAUAUAGAUGUAUUCCUGUCGUCAAAGAAGGUGAUUAGUGGAUUGGAGAAACAUGAUUGUACAGAGGCAUUGGCAUGGUGCAAUGAGAAUAGGUCAAAGCUGAAGAAGAUAGAUAGUACAAUGGAGUUUAGUCUUAGGAUACAGGAGUUUAUAGAGUUGGUGCGAGCUAAUAAGGUCGGCCCGGCAAUAUCAUACGCCCGACAGCAUUUGGCACCAAUCGCUGCCACCAACAUCAAGGAGAUACAGGUUGCCAUGGCCACCUUGGCAUUCAGACAUGAUCGCACCUCUCAUGAGAAGUACACCGAUCUAUUUGAUAUGGAGCGUUGGAAUGAUCGCAUUCGACAGUUCAAGCGAGACAACUACAACGUCAACUCACUCACCUCACGUUCAUUGAUCGACAUAUCCUUGCAGUCUGGUCUAUCAGUGUUGAAGACAGAACAAUGCGAAGACGAAGAGACGAUGAAUGUCAAUUGUCCAUUGUGUGAUGCAGACUUCUCGAGGUUGGCUGAGCCUCUGCCAGUCUCAUUGCAGUCUCAUUCAAGUCUGAUAUGUAGGAUAACUGGAGAGUUGAUGACUGAUGACAAUCCACCAAUGGUAUUACCCAAUGGCAAUGUUUACUGUCGCAAUGCAAUGGUGGAGAUGGCUGCACACGAUGACAACAUCAUCACUUGUCCAAGAAGUGGUGCCAAGUUCAACUAUGCUGAGUUACGCAGGGCAUACAUAGCCUAG